AAUACGCAAAGAUCAAAAAAGUAACAUACAACAACCCAUUUCUAAUAAACAAAAUAGACUAAACCAAGUCUAUGACCUCUUAAAAGAAACUACCUCACACCCAAACACAAAAGCACCAAAAACCAGCUCCCACGAGAUAAACUAUCAAACCAAAAAGUUUUGCAACUUGAUAACCAAGCAUCCCGGCAUGCUCCUGAUGAUGAUUGAGGCCAAAACCUGACCAAACACAUCAGCAAAACAUCUGCUAAAAACAGCAGAACCGCUCAUUAAAAGCAACCGAGAAGCAGGCACGAUGAGGCGAAGGCACAGAUGAACGCAAAGAAGAAAGAUCAGCCACUCAUGCAAGAUACAUUAUGAUUCAACUUUUGCUGGUCGCUAGCUGAACAAGGUUAUCAAACAGUCAUAUAGCUAACUCCGAGAUGGAGUGUUUCCUGACAGAGUUGGGGAAGACACUUAUGGAGAAAGUGCUAAACAAGGCAAUAGAAAAAUCACGCAAUAUAUUUUGCUUCACAUGCAUUGUUAAAGAAUUCAAUGAAGAAAAGGAUAAGUUGGAAGAAGGAAGGGCAACUAUGAAGGAACAAAUUCAAGUGGCCACCAAUAAAGGAAAAGGUAUCAAAGCUAAUGCUCGAUUAUGGGAAGAACAUGCUCGAAAGCUCAUUCAAGAGAACACCGAGACAAAACAAAGUUGUUUUUUUGGAUUUUGCCCUGAUUGUAUUUGGAGAUAUAAAAGGGGAGAGGAGUUGACAACAAAGAUAAAAGAGAUUAAAGAUUUGAUGGUAAAGGGGGAGAAAUUUGAAAAUGUUGAACUUGAUCGUCCUCUUCCAGGUGUUGAGCGUUAUUCUUCUCAAUAUUACAUUUCUUUUAAAAGUAGAGAGUUGAAAUGUGAAGAGCUUUUGGCUGCACUACGAGAUGAAAGUAAUUAUAUAACCGGAUUGCACGGAAUGGGGGGCACAGGAAAAACUACAUUGGCAAAAGAAGUGGGUAAACAACUUAAGACAUUGGAGCAAUUCGAUCAUGUCAUCGAUACCACAGUGUCAGUUACUCCUGUUAUAAAAAAGAUUCAAGAUGAUAUUGCUGGACCCUUAGGAUUGAAAUGGGAGGACACCACUAAAUCAGACCGACCUAAAAAGUUGUGGAGCAGAUUAACCAAUGGUGAGAAAAUUCUGCUGAUAUUGGAUGAUGUGUGGAGAAAUCUCAAUUUUGAUGACAUAGGGAUUCCAAAUAGAGAUAAUCACAAAGGAUGCAAAUUACUUAUAACCACACGCAAUCUGAGGGUAUACAAUCAAAUGGUAUGUGAAAACACAAUUGAGCUAGAUCCCUUGAAUGAAGAAGAAGCAUGGACCAUGUUUAAAUUGCAUGCCGAUCUAACUGAUAUUUCCCCCAAAAGUAUCCUUGACAAGGGACGUAAAAUUGCAACUGAAUGCAAAUGUUUACCAGUUGCAAUUGCUACUGUUGCUAGCAGUUUGAAGGGACAAGAAUGUCGUGAAGAGUGGGAUGUUUGCUUACAGACCUUACAGAAACCAUUGUCCAAGGGCAGUGUUCAUAAUGACUUGGUUUAUAUUUAUAAAUGUUUGAAGUUUAGCUAUGACUUUCUGAAGGAUAAAAAGGCCGAGGGCCUUUUCCUUUUAUGUUCUACAUUCCCAGAAGAUGAAGAAAUUUCAACCGAAGUUCUAACUAGGCUUGGCAUAGGAGUUGGCCUUUUUGAGGAUGUUUAUGGUAGUUACGAAGAUGCUCGAAGUCAAGCAGUUGCAUCAAAAAAGAAACUCUUAGAUUCAUGUUUAUUGUUGGAGACAGAGAAAGGAGAUGUGAAAAUGCAUGACUUGGUUCGUGAAGUAGCACAAUUGAUAGCAAAGAAUGAGAUUAAGAUAGUAAAUUUUUCCAACAAAAGUCAAAAGUCACUGGUUGAAAGCGAUAAGAAAAUCAAAUAUUUGAUAUGUGAAGGAGAUCUUAGGGAUUUAUUUGCAUUUAAGUUUGAUGGUUCUGAACUUGAGAUUCUAAUUGGCAACAUGCAUAUGGAGGACAUUUUGCACAUCCCCAUUUCAUUCUUUGAAAAUAUUCCAAGGCUUCGUGUUUUGAAUUUAUCAUGCCAUAAUUCUUAUCAUCAUCCUCUAUCGUUACCACAAUCAAUGAAGCCAUUGUCGAAUAUUCGUUCUCUAUCAUUUGAAAGUGUUGAUUUGGGUGACAUUUCUGGUUUUGGAGGCCUGCAAAGUCUUGAGACUCUUGAGUUGACUAAAUGUACAAUUGAUGAACUUCCUCGUGAAAUUGAAAAACUGGAGAAUUUUAGAUUGUUGGAGUUGAAAAAUUGUAAAGUUAGAAAUAAUGACCCAUUUGAAGUAAUCCAAAGAUGCACAUCACUUGAAGAAUUGUACUUCAUGAAUAGUUUCAAUGAUUCUUGUAAGGAAAUAACCUUACCAACAUUGCAAAGGUAUUUUCUCAAAGAUGUCACCGGUUAUGCUUAUAUGAUGAAAUAUACAAUAUCAAGAGGUGUGUCUUUUGAAUGGGAUUAUUUAUCAGAAGCAACAUUUAAGUAUGUGAUGGAAACAGCAGAGGUUCUUCAUUUGAAAGGAACCAACAAGGGAUGGAGAAAUCUCAUGCCUGGGAUUCUUCCUAUAGAUAAUGGUAUGAAUAAUCUAAUUGAGCUUGUUUUGAAAAAUUGUCAUCAAGUACAAUGCCUGGUAGACACGAAACAUAAUAAUUCUGAAGUACCAAGUGUCUUCUCCAAGUUGGUUGUACUAAAACUCAAGGAAAUGAAGAAUUUGGAAGAAUUAUGCAAUGGUCCCAUCUUCUCUGACUCUAUGAACAAUUUAGAGGAGCUAACAAUCCAAAAAUGUGGAAUUUUGCGAAGCUUGUUUAAAUGCAGCAUAAAUUUCUGCAAUCUAAAGAACGUGACCAUAUAUUCAUGUCCUAUGCUGGUUUCUGUUUUUGAUCUGUCAACUUCUCGAGGCCUGCCGCUGUUGGAGAAAUUGCGCAUAGAUGAUUGUGAGCAGUUGGAAAACAUAAUUACAACUGAAUGUGAAGAAAUAGUUGAUGGUGAUAAUGAUAAUAACGAUAGUUACAACUCAAUGUUUCCAAAUCUGAAAUUUCUCAAUAUUAUUCGAUGCCCCAAAUUACAAUUUGUACUUCCAUGUUACUAUGCUGGAGACUUUUUGUUACUAGAAUCUAUAUGGAUACAAAAUUGUGAUGAGCUGGAAUACAUAUUUGGCCAACACCAAGAUGUUCAACUCGCUUCACUAAAAGAAUUGAAGCUUGAUCAUGUGCCAAUUUUCAUCGACAUAUUUCCAAAGCCUUCAUUCAAUAGAUAUCUAGCACAAAUGUCUUAUAUUUAUCGGUAG